AUUGCUCAGGAGGAAGCCCUGUGCAUGAGGUUGUUACACAACCAUUAGUACAAUCGUUUAACAAAAACGUAUGACUCAAGCAGUUAUAACUUCUAGUACUGUUGGUCACUGACUUAUUUUAGAAACGUACAGGUGAUACGAAUCGAGUAGUAGGCAUCAAAUAUUGCUAGCUCUUCACUUCAAAUCGAUUCUACGGUGAAUUUUCAUUUAAAUCAUUCAUUGGUUUAGGGUACGGAUCGAUAGAUGAAAAUUUAUCGAUGACACAUCGAAAUUGCAGCGUUAAAAAUGUUUAAUUAAAUUCUUAGGUCUAGGUAAAGUAUCAUACAUCUUACAUUAAAAGUUUUUUUUUAAAUCUUUAUAUUAACUUCGCUUUUUUUUUUUUUUCUUGGCUGGCUGGGGGAGGGUCUGGCAAAAUCUUUGGACGGCCACUUGGCCAACUUCCCGUAAACAUAUCGAGGUUAAACUUGGCACAUAUGCUCAUUGACGAUGAAAACAUACUUACAUUAAAAGUUUUUUUUUAAAUCUUUAUAUUAACUUCGCUUUUUUUUUUUUUUUUUCGUGGCUGGCUGGGGGAGGGUCUGGCAAAAUCUUUGGACGGCCACUUGGCCAACUUCCCGUAAACAUAUCGAGGUUAAACUUGGCACAUAUGCUCAUUGACGAUGAAAACAUACUAUCACAUUUUCAAAAUGGACCCAGACACGCAGCGCCGCCAUUCGGACCCGGGUACGAUUAGACUCAAGCUAUUCGGAUGUCAUUUGUGGUAGUUCAUUUCAGUUAAACUGAAGAAUUAAGUUUUCAAACCUAUAGUCCAUUCAAUUAUCUUUCAUUUGAUACCUCAUAUUGUCUCACAAACCCAACAAUAAUAUUUUAAAUAGCUUUUUAAUCCCAACCUCCCACUUCUGGUACCAGGGUACGAAUAGUCGCAGGUAAUUUUAUUUUUAUUAUUAUUUUUCAAUUCCAAACUCGUGAAAUUGUGCAUGCGAUAGGUGACUCCUUUCGCAUGUUUAAUUAUUUAAUAUUAUUCAUUUGGGGUUAAAUUUAUAGAUCUGUCCUUGCAUACACAUAUAUAAAUUUAAAAAUAGAGAAUUAAAUAGCUAUUUAACUCCUUCCUGAAAUUUAAAAAAAAUUCAACUAAAAUACAGUUUACAAUUCAUGUUAAAAUACAACUGACAAUUCAUGCUAAAAUUAAACGUACAAAUUGAUGCUGAAAUACAACUUGCAAUUCAUGCUAAAAUGUAUGUUAAGACAGUGAUCGUAGAACGAAAACUCGAUGUGUCACUCCAUGUUAAAGUACAUAGUCAAUUCUUUAAAACUAGGAAGGGAAAAAGAGGGCAAUGCAACACAAUGGAGAACGGUUCAGUCAAUGAUAUCCUCGGAGUGUCGUGCCCGUCCUUCUACCUUCUUCUCGCCACUUUCCUGGCCUGCGUGUAUCUCCUGUACAACCAGAGGUCAGGUGCUGAGACCUGGGAUAAGUACGGAGUGAAACAUGCAAAGCUCGGAAUUGUUGGUCCCAGGUAAAGAUUUCUUUUGUUGUAUCUGCUCAAUUGUUCAACGGCAUUUAACCUCGAGUAAAAAUGGGUUGAUGAUAGUGUGUUUGACGUACCUGACUAUAUAUAAUACCAAUGUUACUUUAAAAAUGCCAAACGUAAGAUUUAAGUUCUUUAAAAAAUGUCGUUUUGAUUUUAUAGUCCAAAGGGAUGAAUACCGGUAGCGAUUUUUGAAAUAUCAGAAUCCAAUGCAAGCUGUGAAUGCUGUAUGUUUGUUAUCACUUGAAACAUGUGUUGCCGAGACUCCAGUUUCCCUUGAAGAUCACAUCUUUUGGAGAAAAAAACAAUACGUGUCUGUUGUUGUUUGUGAGAACACUAACAUGGUUCUCACUUUGUUACAGACAGGCUUUUACGCAAUUGCUGCAGGAGUACGGUGACACGGUUGGAUUCAAGAGAGGACCGCUGACCUUACUGACCAAAGAUCUGUCCAUUGUGAGGGAAGUCAUGAUCAAAGACUUUACCAACUUUGUGGACAGGACCUUCGCCUUGACCUCAAUGUCGCCUGUCGAGAAGGCGCUCUUCUUUCUCCAAGGGAGAGACUGGCGGCGUAUACGGCAGAUACUCUCCCCUGCGUUUAGGUGAGCUCCCCUUAGAAAUGUGGUUUCCAGACAUAAGACUUAAUUGUACAGUCCUCCACUUCCUAACCCUAAAAUUGUGUAGUGGCCCCUAUAAAAAAAAUCUGGAAGAUCAUAUUAUUUACAAAAUGCGCAUAUAUAUAUAUAUAUAUUUAUUUAGAUAUAUAACUAUGUAUAAUAUAUAUAUCCACAUCUAUCUGUCCACCUCUGACUGUCUGGUCUUCAUGAAUAUAUAGUUAUAUUUAGAUAUAUAUAUAUGUGUGUGUGUGAUUUUGUAAAAAGUUCAUUAAUAUUUAUAAAAGAUAGGCAAACACUAUUUAUUUUAUCACUCCUAUAAUCAAUUUUAGUGAUUCCAUACCUUACAUUCUGUUGCUGACCCCCACAUUGUCCACGAUGGAUGUUAGGAUACCCCACUCCUCCUCCGUCUGAGAUCUCAAAUAGUUUUAACAGUAGAAUCAAAUCCCGCAUGAUAAUUUCCCACCAAUUUCCGCAGCACCGGAAAGUUGAAACAGAUCUCACGAACAGUGGAGGAACGUGCCCGAAAGCUGAGCCGGGUCCUGGAAGACUACGCCAAGAGGGACCAGCUGGUCCCGGUGAAACAAAACACUGGCCAGUACGCGAGCGAGAUCAUUGCCAGGAUGGCGUUCGGCAUCGAGACCAACUGUCUGGGGGGCCCCGAUGACGAGUUCACGCACUACUCCAAAACGAUGCUCAAACCACGCAGUGGGUUCAUGACCGUGGUCAAUAUUAUGAUCGGACAGUUUCCUUGGCUCAACAGGGUUUUGAUCAAGGUAAAAAUGAACGGAUGUGACCGACGCAUGAGGAAUAUCGCACGAAUUUAAGGUUAUAUGGCACGUUAAGAAAGAUUAGAAGGGUUUAAUAGAUGUGUGUGUGAGGCUGUAAGGGGGGGUGGGGGGGCUUUUGUAUUUUUUUGUUAUUUGUGGCUCCCAAAAUUUUAUAAAUUGUCUAUUUAAGGAAUGUAUUUUUUUUUUAACACUGGGUGAUUAAUUAUAGGAUUUAAAAAUUCAACAUAAAAUUUAACCGAAAUAAAGACGAUGAGAAAUCAAACGCAAUCUGCUUUAGGAUCAAUAGCGAAUUCUGGAAAUGUAUUGACCACUUGCAAUACCUGGUAUCUGGCAAAGUUUAUCAGUGCGGUCGGAAUACAUUUGCGAAUGUAACCGCGUCAUGUUACUGAAAUAGCAAAAGAAAAAUAUUCAAGGUGUUGCGUCACAGUUUUUUGACAUAGCUACCUGUGAGUACUCAUAUUUUUAUUUCUUUUCGUCAGACUCUGGGCAUAAAGCUGUUUGACAGUGUCAGUUAUAAAUCUGAUAAAUAUUUCAAUUCAGUUCUGCACACAACCCUCGAGGACCGACUGGAGAAAGGGAGAAAAGGUCAAAGUGUCCCGACAGACUUUAUCCAAAGUCUUAUAUCUGCCAGAACACCUCGCCAACAGUCGACUGAUGAUGGUCUGUAGUUAUGCGAAAACUUUUGAAAUAUUUGGUUACUCUAAUCAAAGAUAUAAUAAAGUAAAUUAAUCCAUUUUUUAUGGGUCAGUUUUAACAUCGUAGAUCAUUAAUAAUCCUCCAUGAAUCGCUUUUCGGUUAUUAUUUAAAAAAAAAAAUAUAUAUAUAAUUGAAAGACUGCGUUCAAGCUGUGCGAAGGAAAUGGUAGAAAAAGGUAUGUGGAAGAUUGAAAUAGAAAGGACAAUAAGAUAAGAAAGUUUUUUUUCAUUUGCCUUGUCUGCCCAGGAAGUCUCUUCGCCGAAACGCUCCAAUCUCUUGUCCUGUCUUUUGAUUCAACCUUCUACAUUCCUUGUUCAACUAUUUUUUUAAUAAAUCAUGGUGAAAAUUUUAUUUUACGUUACGUAAUAAAGAGGAUCUUGAAUCAUCUUUGAAAUACUCUUGCCUGUCAGAAUCGGUCAUUAAAAUGCCUUAUUGAAAACAUUGCAAAAUACGCCCAUGCACGUUGUGGACAAAUAUUAAGUAAUUACAUCCGGAACAAUAGUAAAAUAUUCACUCUGCCUCGGUGUAACACAUUCAUUCUUCCCACGCGCAGUAAUCGUUUGGAAACCACCUGUGGACAAUGCCACCGUGGACUUCGACGUCAGUCGAGAGCUUCAAGUCUGCCCUGGCAUCCGCUAGGAGCCGUUAAGAUAGCAUCGCAUCCCCAACCAUUGCACAUAUGCCAGUACGUGGAUUCGGCAACGUACCCUACCAGAACAGAGCCUACACAUUACUUUUUUUUUUUAGAAUACCCAACACCGGGUUAUUUUGAAGAUGUCAUAGUAAUUCUUUUAUUUGUUUCUAUUUCGCCUGUCUACAGGCGCGCCCGUCGUCCAGUCACGUGAUCAGAAGUUACACAAUAGCGAACAAAAUGAUUCUUGGUCAAAUCUUCCUAAAUUUUUAACCGAGGAAGAACUGAUAGCCCAGUCGAUGUUGAUUAUCUUUGCCGGCUUUGAGACCACGGCUACUUCCCUCCAAAUGUGUUUCUACAACCUGGCUAAAUAUCCGGAAAUUCAGGUGGGCUGUACCAUUUUCAAGUCACAAUUAUCUGAAAUACUUUUUUUAUUCUUUAAUUUAGAAAACAAUAUUAUUAUUAUUUACGACAAAGCUUCCCCCACCCCUUUCAUUUAAUUUUUUUUUUUUAAUUUAAAAAAAAUAAUUGAAUCCCUUUAAGCAAAAUGAUCUGAGUUAUUACGUAUUCCAACACUUAAGCCCCCCCCCCCCCCCCCCCCCCCCCCCCCCACCCCCCACGGACCACAACCCCCUUUCUUGAAUUCCUCAUGACAUGCCCCGGAUUUCACAACUGUGUAUCUUAAUGGGCCACAAUAUACACUAUAUAGCUCAUCCAAGCGUACGGUUUUUCUAUUUUCAGGCAAAGGUGUACGAGGAACUCACACAGGUCGCGGCGUCAGAUGUCCCAACUAAGGACGAACUCACUCGGCUUGUCUACAUGGAACAGUUCAUCAAUGAGACCCUGCGGCUGUACCCGCCUGUACCAUUUGUCUCGAGGAGAGCCGCGGAGACCCGCACCUACGGCAGCGUCACCAUCCCUAAAGGGGCAGGGGUCACCAUCCCAAUAUUCGCCAUCCUCAAAGAUCCCCGAAACUUUCACGAUCCCGAACGGUUUGAUCCCGACAGGUUUUCAGAAGACAACAAAUCUAAGAGAGACCCCAUAGCUUUCAUGCCGUUCGGCUGUGGGCCCCGAACCUGCAUCGGCCUGAGACUGGCGUACUUGGAGUUGAAAAUGGCCUUGGUGCAUGUUCUCAGAAAAGUCAGAUUUGAGCUCAAUGAAAGAACGGAGCCCCGGGCCGGUGUUCAUGGUUGUGGAGAAGCCGGUCCUACUGGCCGUGACGCUUCGAGCUUCAGAAUAAAACGAUUCAGUUAUUUUGUUUUUUCUCACUGUUAAAUUACUAAUUACUUUAUUGGACGUAACGAAUUUCAAUUAUAUAUUCAGGAAAUUAAAAUGAUUGUGGAAAUAAAUUUAAAAAAACAACAAAACAAAAAAAACUGGUCAGAAGAAUUUGGUUAUAGAAAUAGUGUAUAAAACUUAAGAUUGUACUUAUAAAUGUGUAAUGAGUCCACCAAGGAUCUAAUAGUGAUGUAGUAAUGUAAUGGCCAUAUUUUAAUUGGUCGGGUGAAAAUUCACGUUAAUAUUUUUAACGAUUGCACCACAAGCAUAUUAUUGAUAAUGAAUUAUAAUGAGAUUCCAUUGUAAUGAAGCUGAAAUUAUAGUGGGAUUCCAUUGUAAUAGAAAUAAUAUUAUGAUGGGGUUCUGCUGCAAUUGAACUAAGAUUAUGCCUAUUUAAACAAAAGUAGGGUGUGUCAUCGUGAAGACCAAACUUUACACUUUAAAUGUCAAACAUGGGUAAAAGUAGUUUUUAUAAAGGAUCUACAGCCAAAGUCACAGCAGUAAAAAUCUGGGCAUUGUAUUGUUUUUUUUUUUAAAGACUAUCUUUCUACUUGCAUUUCCAACUUGUUUGUCCAGCUUAAUUUUCUUUUGACACACGUGUCCCUUUUUUUGCGGUCGAUUCCGUAUUCCUCGUGCUGACCUGCUUAGCAUUUGAGUUGAUGACUCGGCUACGUUAUACUGGGGCGACAUAGGAGGUUGGGGUGGUGAGUUGAUGUGGAGAAAAAAAAAGGGUGAACAACAGGAAAAACAACUCUAAACCUUCGCUUAAUUUAUCGCCAAUUAGACUUUGAUCAACGGACGGCAAGCAGUCGUUACAUUUUACUUUUUUGUUUUAUGCCUGGGUAAACUUUACUUCAGAAUAAAGGUCUAUAAUGUUAAUUCAGUUCUUGCUGAUCAUUAAAGAUGUCCUAAUUCGGAUUUCACAUUAUAUUACAUCAUAAAAGGAUAACUUUUAAAGUAGGGGAGCGUGUUAAUGAUACAUAAAUAAAUAUAUGAUGGCAUCAUGCUUUAAAAAAGUAUAGAUCUACUUAUUAGCUUAAAUUUAAAUGUACUCGAUUUCAUAUAUGUUGAGUUAGAUCAAAUGAAAACUUACAAAAAUACAAGUUAUUUGUUUAUAUUUCUUUUUUUACACAAAUUACGAUGUUAACAGGCGCAUACAAAUAGUGCA